ACUCUUCAUCUCCACAAACCAGUUGAACGUUGAGCCUUAUUUUCAAUGGCAUUGUCACAAUUUCGUUCUUCUCUCAAAUUCGGUAGCCCAUUUCCAAUGGCAACACUCUCUUUCUUCACCAAUUCCUCCAAAACCCUAACCCCACCUAACCACCCCAAAACCUCAAUUUCAACAACCUCUCCAUCCGUACCAAAAUCCGUACCCGAAACCCUAUCCAAAUUCGCGCGGCGGCCAAGGAAGAUUUCUCUUCCAACAAAAGCGGAAGCAAUGAGCAGAAGGAAACGAUUAUGCUUCCCGGUUGUGACUACAACCAUUGGCUCAUUGUAAUGGAGUUUCCUAAAGACCCUAAACCCUCUCGUGAACAGAUGAUUGACACUUACCUUCAAACUCUUGCUACUGUCUUGGGAAGUUUAGCUUUUGGAAGAAAAAUGCAGAAUUUGUCCUCGCUCGCAAGGUGUUCGAUGAAAUGUCCCAACCGAAUUCGUGUUCAAGCAUUAUUUUGAGGAAUUGGAAGAGGAAUCUCUUAGGGAUAACUUUGUCGUUGUGUAUGAACUACUUGAUGAAAUAAUGUACUUUGGUUAUCCACAAUAUACUGAGGCGAAAAUUCUUAGUGAAUUUAUUAAGACAGAUGCUUAUAGAAUGGAAGUUAAUCAGAGACCUCCAUGGCUGUAACAAAUGUUGUUUCGUGGCGCAGUGAAAGGAUAAACUACAAGAAAAAUGAGGUUUUCUUGGAUGUGGUGGAGAGUGUUAACAUACUUGUCAAUAGCAAUGGGCAAAUAAUUAGAUCUGAUGUCAUGAUUCAGAUCUUCUGGAUAUGCACAGUAUGUGGUGAACCUCUCUCCCAAACUGCUCAGUCAUUUAUGCCUGAGUUGAUGUAUGGAGUAAAUCAGAGUUUGGAAAAGGUUUUGCAUUCCUUUGAAUUCUCUCAAACUAUGCCGCAAAAAAAGUCCAAGAAGAAGAAUAUAUCAACUCAACAUGAAGUCACUCAACCUCAAUCCAAUCAACCCCAACCUAUUCCGUCCCCAACCCACUCCACCUCAACCUAUUCCAUAUCUUAUUCAACCUCAAUUCACUCAACCUCAACUCACUUAACCCCAACCUUAAUUGACUUAGUUUUUGGAUUGUAUUAUCAUUUUAACUUGGUUGACAAAUGA